AUGGGGCUGAUGCCCAUCAUCGACCAUGCUGCUAAACAUGGCUUGGUCAUCAACUUAGAAGACAUUUUCCGAAGUUUCACGUUUGAUUCUGCAUGCCUCUUGGUUACCGGCUAUGAUCCUAGUUGCCUCUCCCUCGAACUCCCUCAAGUUCUUUUCUCCAAAGCCGUGAAUGAUUUCGGGCAAGCAAUACUUUAUCGGCAUGUUCGACCACGAAGCUUUACUAAGUUGCAGAAGUGGUUGAACGUAGGACAAGAAGGGAAAUACAAGAAGGCAUGGAAAGUUCUUGAUGAUAUAUUAGCUGAAUAUAUAUGUCAGAAAAGAAAAGAAGCGAACAAGCUGAUCCAGGAGUUGGUAUCAGUAGAUGAUGUGGAUCUCUUAACAUCAUACAUAACUGAAAAGGAAUCAACAGGUUUGAAAUGUGAUGAUAAGUUCUUGAGAGACAACGCUCUGAAUAUGAUAACUGCUACGACGGACACGACGAGCACUGCUCUUACUUGGUUCGCUUGGCUGGUUUCCAAGCAUCCAAUAGUGGAAAACAAGAUCAUAGAAGAACUUGAAUCAAAAAUACCAAUAGGUGAAACCAAAAGGAGGCGGCUAUUCAAUGUCGAUGAGGUAAAGAAUUUGGUUUAUCUCCAUGGAGCAUUGUGUGAGGCAUUAAGGUUGUAUCCACCAGCCCCUUUCAAUCACAAGGAACCUGUCAAACCAGACAUGCUUCCAAGCGGGCAUCCAGUUCAUCCAAAGACAAAAGUCUUGUUUAGUGUGUAUUCAAUGGGAAGAAUGAAGUCAAUCUGGGGAGAAGAUUGCUAUGAAUUCAAGCCUGAGAGAUGGAUUAAUGAGAGAGGAGAGAUCAAACAUGAGCCAUCAUACAAGUUCUUAUCUUUCGGUGCAGGGCCAAGGAUAUGUUUGGGGAAGGAAACAUCAUUUAUUCAGAUCAAAGCCGUGGCAUCUACUCUGAUUUAA